UCGCUCCGUCGCUCGCUCGCUCGGGUAUAAUUGCAGCGCAAAAUCCCCGAAAGGCUCCCACGAAUGAAUUGAUCAUCGCCGCUCUCCAUUCCGAGAAGGAAAAAUCAUUCAUUUGACCCCGCAGAUUCGCUGCUCAUACAUACUACUACUCUCGCGGACGCGGCGGCCGGCGGCGCUCGAUCCCCGCGCGCCCGGCGGGACCCGGCGGCGUCCUCGGCCUCGGGCCAAAUGCGGCGGCCCCGGUGGGACGCUUGAGCGGCCGGCGCUCCGUUUGCUCGCAGGGCGCGCGCCCAAGGGCUCCCCGUCUCCCUCCCCCGAAUCGCCCGGCAGUUAUUUUAUUACCCAAAGAUGGUUCAUCAAAAGCGAGAUGAGGCGACAGCAGAUGAAACCAGCAUCUCGACACAGCCUCCCUCCUAUAAUCUAUCUCAAGCGCCACCUGUGUACAAAGUCGGGUAUCCUCCUCAGAAGAACCUCACCACAGAGUUUACGAACACACUGAGGGAGACAUUCUUCCAUGACAAUCCACUAAAGCAGUAUAAGGACCAAUCUGGAUCGACAAAGUUUAAAAUGGGCUUGCAGUUCUUGUUCCCAGUCUUUGAUUGGGGUAGGACUUACAACUUGAGCAAGUUCAAAGGUGAUCUGAUUGCCGGAUUGACAAUCGCAAGUCUCUGCAUCCCUCAGGAUAUUGGCUACUCAAAGCUUGCUUAUCUGGAUCCACAGUAUGGGCUUUACUCCAGCUUUGUCCCCCCAUUGAUAUAUGCUGCAAUGGGUAGCUCAAGGGAUAUAGCAAUUGGGCCAGUUGCAGUGGUAUCUCUUCUAAUAGGUUCACUCCUACAAAAUGAAGUUGAUCAUGAAAAGAACAAGGAAGAAUACUUGUGUCUUGCUUUUACAGCAACCUUCUUUGCUGGUAUUACUCAAGCAGCCCUGGGAUUUCUAAGGUUAGGAUUCCUCAUAGAGUUCUUGUCGCAUGCUGCAAUUGUCGGAUUCAUGGGAGGAGCAGCAAUCACUAUUGCCCUGCAGCAGCUCAAAUAUGUGUUGGGAAUCAGGAACUUCACAAAGGAAACUGAUAUAAUUUCUGUUAUGAAGUCUGUUUGGGGCUCGGUUCAUCAUGGGUGGAACUGGCAGACAGUUGUGAUUGGCUUCUCUUUCCUCGCUUUUCUUCUUCUUGCAAAGUACAUUGGGAAAAGAAAUAAGAAGUAUUUCUGGGUGCCAGCUAUUGCUCCUAUAACUUCUGUCAUUCUUGCUACCCUUUUUGUAUACCUUUUCCGUGCUGACAAACAUGGUGUUCAAAUUGUGAAUAAUAUCAAGAAGGGCAUCAACCCAUCAUCUCUGCACAAGAUUUAUUUCACCGGUCCAUUUGUUGCAAAAGGUUUCAAGAUCGGUGUUGUCUGCGGCAUGAUCGGUUUGACGGAAGCCGUGGCGAUCGGAAGGACAUUUGCUGCUGUGAAGGGCUACCAGUUAGAUGGAAACAAGGAGAUGGUAGCACUUGGAACAAUGAACAUUGUAGGCUCAAUGACGUCUUGCUAUGUCACAACAGGUUCUUUCUCACGUUCUGCAGUCAAUUUCAUGGCUGGGUGCCGAACACCAGUAUCUAAUGUUGUUAUGUCAAUGGUUGUGCUUCUCACCUUGUUGGUCAUCACACCAUUGUUUAAGUAUACGCCAAAUGCGAUCCUUGGAUCAAUCAUUAUUUCUGCUGUGAUUGGCCUUGUGGACUAUGAAGCAGCAAUUCUCAUUUGGAAAGUUGACAAAAUGGAUUUCAUCGCCUGCAUGGGAGCAUUCUUUGGUGUGGUUUUCAAAUCUGUUGAGAUAGGCCUCUUAAUUGCUGUGUCAAUUUCAUUUGCCAAAAUACUUCUUCAAGUAACAAGACCAAGGACUGCACUGCUCGGAAACCUUCCAGGCACCACAAUUUACAGGAACACGGAUCAGUAUCCAGAUGCAAGGCAUGUUCCUGGGGUGGUAAUAGUGAGGGUUGAUUCCGCUAUCUAUUUCUCCAACUCCAAUUAUAUCCGGGAGAGAAUUCUUAGGUGGUUAACAGCUGAAGAAGAGAAAGUCAAGGCAGAGGGACUGUCUAGAAUCAAUUUCUUGAUAGUGGAGAUGUCACCUGUUAUAGAUAUUGACACAAGUGGUAUACAUGCCCUUGAAGAUCUGCACAAGAAUCUUCAGAAGAGAAGCAUUCAGCUCCUCCUAUCAAAUCCUGGCUCCAUCGUCAUUGAGAAGCUCCAGUCGUCGAAACUAACUGAGCACAUCGGAAGCAAUCACAUUUUCCUGACAGUUGCUGACGCCGUGCGUUUCUGCACUUCAAAGUCGAUGCAAGAGCCCUGAACUGAAAUGGAUUUACGUCAGGCAUCUUGCUGAUGUUUGUGCCAAAUUUGGUUAUCUACACAUCUGCAUUCUAGUAUAUAAAUCAUGUAAUGACGUUACAAGAUCACAAAUCAUAGGAUAUUUUCGAAGGUGGUGCCGGCUGUUGCUUAACGCGAGAGUGGGCGAUAACAUUUCAAACAGAUGUAAUUCUGUUGUUUUGACUUUUGAACACUGCUUACAGACAAGUGGAUAGGGUUAAUGUAUAGCUAAAUGCUGUGAUCUGAGUCCCUCAUUCGUUUCCGAAAUGAAUGAAAGAAAGAAAAAUUACUAGAUAUACACGAUUAA